GAUGAUGAAAUGAUCUUCAACGAAUCGACAUCGACAACAACAACAAUGAUAACCGAAUCAAUCAUUCAAAUGAAUGUACAGAAUGAAAAUAAUGAUCAAGAUAUUGUUUGUCGUGCUGAAAAUAUAUUGCUCAACCACAAUAAUAAUAAUAACAACAAACAACGAAAACGGAAACAAAAUUCAUACAUUGAAAAUAAAUAUCGUUUGGAUAUUAUUUUCGCACCAAAAGUAACCUUACAGCAAUUAUAUGAUGAUCAACAAAAUGAUCAAAUCAAUAAUUCAACAAUGAAAAUAAUCAAUAAUGGUGGUGGUGGUGGUUAUGCAAUACGUGGCCAACAAUUACAAUUAUAUUGUAAUAUAUCAGCAAAUCCAUUAGUUUUAGCUACUGAUAUUCAUUGGUAUAAAGAUUCAAUAUUAAUCAAUGAUAAUCAUAAUAUGAACAUUAGCAACAGUGAUGGAACAGCAACAACAACAACGACCAGAACAACAUCAGGCAGUAAUAUUGAUAAUGCUGGUGGGGCUGGUGGUGGUGGUGGUGGUGGAUAUAUAAAAUUCACACAUAAUGGUACAAGAUUAUUGAUUACAAAAGUGACCGAUGAAUGGCAAGGAUUUUAUCAAUGUAUUGCACAAAAUCAAAUGGGUACCGGUUUUAGUAAUCAAUUUCAGGUCCAAAUUUUAUAUGAACCAAAUUGCGUGACACCAACACAAACAAUACCGGCCAAUAUUGGUAGUAUUGUAACAAUGAUCUGUGAAAUUGAUGCUAAUCCAAUAACAAAUGUUACAUUUUUAUGGCGUACAAAACAUCAGGAAAUAUUAUUUCCAUCAUUAUCAUCAUCAACAUCAUAUUAUAAUCAUCAUCAUCAUAAUGAACAACAACAACAACAGAAAACAUAG